UCUCGAUCUCCCUGUGAACAUGUAGACACCCGAUCGAGAAUCGUCUCGCGCAGAAGCCUCGAGAAAACACCCGCACGACCUUGCCGCGCGCAGCUAUAAAACACCCGUUCAGUCUCAUUGCAUCUGUGAGCGCGUGAGUGACCGCAAACAAUGAACAACUCCAACAGUGUUUCAGACAGUAAGGCCGAUAAGCCUCUUACAAUCCGCUCGACGAAGGAGAUGUUUGAGAAAAUGGAGGAAUCGUUCAAAAUAUGUGCGCAGUGUGAGAGACUCCCAUCACAGGCCACAGGCUCGCUGAAGCGAUGCACACGCUGUCUGAAUGUGUAUUACUGCAGUAAAGAGUGUCAGAAGAAAGACUGGCCUCAACAUAAACUCUACUGCGACAAACUACGCGCUUGGCGGCGGUGGACAGACACGUCGAGUGGCUCGUUUAUAAAGAUGAUGAACAUGAUUUCCAGCGCGAUGCUUCAGUUUUUAAUGGUGAAAGAAUGUGAGGUAAAAUAA